GAAUUUCAAUAUUAUUUAAAACUGAAUGGACAGCAUUAAAGUUGGCUGUGGAUAUGCAAUGGGGUGGACUCGAUUCAGAAGAUAAAAGAGAUUGGUUAAUCAAUGUUAUCGCGGAAUAUUUUGAUAAAA